AUGUCUCUAUUCUCUCAAGGACAGAUAGAUCUAUCCAAGAACGGUGGCCCUGAUUUAUUUUUACAAAAGACAAAAUUAGGAUGGGUCAUCGGAGGCAGUGCGCCUACAAACGAGUCAUCACAACAAGUGUCGUGUCACCUGGCAUCAGACAUACAAUUUAAUCUAGAAAAAUUCUGGGAAAUUGAAGAAAUACCAGAAACAAGUCAUCUCACCGCAGAUGAACAAGCAUGCGAAGAAUACUUUCUACAACAUGUUACAAGAAACGAAGAAGGUCGAUAUGUUGUCGCCUUACCAUUCAAACAAUCUGUCGAUCAACUUGGAGAGACACGAAUUACAGCAAUUAAAAGGCUUAAUUCAAUUGAAAGAAAAUUACAAAACAAUACAGAGUUAAAGAUACAAUAUAACGCUGUACUACAAGAGUACCUAGACUUAGGUCACAUGUCUGAAGUACCAGAUGAACAACUACAAGAAAAUGGUUUUUAUUUACCACAUCAUGCGGUGAUAAAAGAAGAAAGCCAAACAACAAAAGUACGAGUCGUGUUCGACGGCUCAGCCAAAGGUUCCAAGGGUCAUUCACUCAAUGAAUUACUACAUGUUGGCCCAACAAUACAAACUGAUAUUUUCUCAUUAUUACUCAGAUUUAGACUACACCAGUAUGUACUGACUGGUGACAUUGAGAAAAUGUACAGACAAUUUUUAAUACGUCCACAAGAUAGAAAAUAUCAACGUAUUUUAUGGAGAAAUGCGUCUGGUAUUAUUAAAACAUAUGAACUAAAUACUGUAACAUUUGGUCUUGCUCCAUCACCAUUUCUAGCUAUACGAUGUCUACAUAAAUUAGCUGAUGAUGAGCAAGAAAAUUUUCCUGUAGCAUCAGAAAUACUAAAAAGAGAUCUAUAUGUCGAUGAUCUUUUAUCACAACAUUUGAAGAAGCAAUUAAAUUGA